GGAAAAUUCGAAAAUACUUCAAAACUGUCAGUGGAGAAAAUUGCAUUUAAUUUGAUGUGUGUUGUGUGACGUCCUCGUCUGCUUUCUACUCUUACGACUUUUUUAUAUCGUUCGUAAUUCGUAUCGCCUCGUUGCUCGGGUGUAGCUGCACUUUCCUACGAUAGUGAUAAAAUUAGUCAUCGGUUACUUUUAGCAGACAACAAAGCAGUCAUUGGGCCACGAAUCUUGAUUGAUUAUAUAAAUAGCCAAACCAAAUUUAAUCGUCUCCCGUAUAAUUUUAACCACAUUCCAAAAUGAGUCUUCAGUGGACCUUGAUAGCCGGUUUUUUGUACCUUGAAGUUUUCAUUGUAUUGUUGCUGGUACUGCCCAUUGCCAGUCCGAGGAGAUGGAACGCUAUUUUCAAGUCCAAGUUCCUUCAAGGGCUUCAAAGACAGGCGCAAUUUUACUUUUUGAUUCUGCUGUCGAUUCUGGUGCUCUUCCUUUUGGACGCCAUCCGAGAGAUGAGGAAGUACUCGCACACUGAAAGUGAGGAGGCUGGUCACGCACACCUAGAUAGGGAGAUGCAAGGCAGCAUGCGCCUGUUUAGAGCCCAGAGGAACUUUUACAUCUCUGGCUUUGCCUUGUUCUUGUCUCUGGUCAUCCGUAGACUGGUAAUUCUGAUCAGUCAACAGGCUACGUUGCAGGCCCAAUCAGAGGCAUCUAUGAGACAAGCACAAAGUGCUACCACUGCUGCUAAGAGUCUGCUGGCUCAGAAGAAUGAAGAGGCUCAGAAUGAUAGCAACGAGGCUCAUGAUAAAGAGAUUACUGACCUCAAAAAGAAGAUAUCCACUCUAGAGGAUCAGCUCAGGUUGGAGAAGAAAGAUAAAGAGGCAUUGAAGUCUCAGUCCGACAACUUGGCAAGAGAAUAUGAUCGUUUAGCUGAAGAACAUAGCAAGUUGCAGAAAAAAAUCACUGUUGCAAGUGGGGAUAAGAAAGAUGAAUAAUUUUUUAUGGCUUGUCGAGCUUCUGACUCGAUAUCUCACCAAUAUUUAUGUUUGAAGGCUGUUGUCAUGUCUUUUUUUCUAUUAUUUUAAUAUUUGGUGAUUAGGAAGGUACUAUUUCUGACAUUCUUCUACCUUAUUUCCAAAGUAACACAUGUUAACAAUUGUAUCCUAUUUGUUUUAAACCAUACUAAGAUGGCUUUCUGCAAAUUUUUGUGAAUAGGAUAUAUUCUUCCCCAUGUGCCUUGUAUUUAUUCACAACAUUAAUGAAAUUAUUUGUUUAGUUUAUAGAAUCGUAAGGGUUUUGUAUGUUAUUUUUAUUGGUUUUUUGUUUUAAUAAAUAAAUUAUAAACGUGA